UGCGAUUGUUCAAAAAAUACUUAAAUUUCCUUUGUUCUGUCCUGCUCUGUUCCAAACCGACACCACAAUGUAUCCAUCAAUCUCAGAUGACUGCCAAAAGGAGUCAUCGGCAUCGUCAAUAAAUUCAUCGGCACCGACACCAACACCGCCUACUGCGCCGCCACUCUCUUACAAUUUUGGCUUUGAAGAAGUAAUGACGGUCACUGGUAUUCCAGUGAAUGUGGAAAAUCAGAGAAAUCCACCAGGAGGACCUCCUGUGUUGUCUAAUCCCAAUAGUUCUCAUUCUCCAGUUCCUUGGUCUACUGGUCUCUGUGAUUGUUGUGACGAUGUCAACAGUUGUUGCUUAACAUGUUGGUGUCCAUGCGUGACAUUUGGAAGAAUUGCUGAAAUGGUGGACAGAGGAUCUACAUCAUGUGGAGUAAGUGCAAUGCUGUACACAUUGAUAAUGUGCAUGACUGGUUGUUCAUGUUUGUAUUCAUGUUUUUAUCGAUCGAAGUUGAGGGGACAGUACUUCUUGGAGGAAAGUCCAUGCACCGAUUGCUGCAUCCAUUGUUGCUGCGAGGAGUGUUCACUGUGUCAAGAGUAUAGAGAGCUCAAGAAUCGUGGCUUCGACAUGUCCAUCGGGUGGCAUGGGAACAUGGAGAGGCAGAAACGAUUGGCUUCUGUUAAUGCUCCUGCAAUUGAAGAAGGCAUGAUCCGAUAG